CACCGUCUUGCGUGCUAUAUAAGAACCGACUGCCGUCGUUUGGUACGGUCGCCUUUGAUUCCCGACGGAUAUGAAGACCCUGGCCAUUGCUGUUGCCCUCGUGGCGUUUGUCGCUGUCAGUGUCAGCGGUGAACCUGAAGCUGAUGCUGAGCCUAGUCGCUAUGGAGGUGGCUUUGGAGGCAAUGGUCUCGUGUCCUACCGACCCGUGUAUAACAGCUAUGGAUACGGACGCUGGAAGAGGAGUGCUGAGGCUGAGCCUGUAGCUGAGGCUGAGGCUGAGCCCGAGGCUGAUCCUUCCCGCUUCGGAUACGGGUAUGGCAGCUAUGGACACGUGUCCUACAGGCCCGUGUACAGCAGCUACGGAUACGGACGCUGGAAGAGGAGUGCUGAGGCUGAACCUGUAGCUGAGGCUGAGCCCGAAGCUGAUCCUUCCCGCUUCGGAUACGGGUAUGGCGGUUAUGGGCACGUGUCCUUCAGGCCCGUGUACAGCAGCUACGGAUACGGACGCUGGAAGAGGAGUGCUGAGGCUGAGCCCGGAUUCAGCUUCGGUCGCGGAUUCGGAGGCCACAGCAGCUUCGGAGGCUACAGGGGCUAUGGAGGCUACGGCGGGAACUUUGGAGGACAUGGUCGUUUCUAUGGCUAAGGAAUUUUGGUUCGAGGAAGAUGAAUAAAACUGAGCUAUUUCA